AUGUCGACACCCGACCCCUCCUCCCCCUUCGCCUCCCCCUUCGCCUCCCCCUUCGCCUCCCCCACCAGCGCCGCUCCAGCGCCAGCGCCCGCGCCCGCUCCAGCAGUGCGGAAACCGCUAUUCAAGAACCGGAACCGGGGUGGUGCAGCGGCGGCGACGACGACGGAUGCGAUUGGCUUUUUCUCGCGGGCGAAGGAUGUUUUCGCUGAGAAUGUGGAGGUGCAGCGACGGGAGAGGGAGAGGGAGCGGGAGAGGGAAAGGGAAAGGGAGAGGGAGGUGCAAAGGGAGAUGGAGGUGGAGAGGGUGAGGGAGCUGGAAAGGGCGAGGAGGGAGAAGAGGGAGAGGGUUGUUGGCGGGGAGGUGGGGGGUGGGGAGGGAGGUGAGGAGGUGGAUAGUGAGAAUGAGAGGAGGAGGAAGAGGAGUGGCAGUGAGGACAGAAGCAACACACCAGCUGGAGAAUCCGAGUACGGCGACGAAGAAGCACCGAUAGAGAGAGAGGGCAGCACACACCCCACCUACGGCAACUCCGUCGCCUCACCAGGCCCAAGCCAACGAAACACACGAAGUCAAGCACAGAUAAUCUCUCUCAGCUCCGACGACGAAGACGAUAAACCCGCCCCCUCACCCCGUCCAACCUACCCCUCCGCCUUCUCCUCUCCACCGCCCAAACCCGUCUCCACCAACCCGGAGCCAAUCGCCAUCCCCUCUUCUCCACCCGCCAACCCCCCUUCAGACGACGACGAACUGUACGCCGACCUCAUCGCUGCCGCGCGUCGCCAACCAGCCACCACAGCAGCCGCACCCUCUAACGCCCCCGACCCAACACUCACGAUCCUCAUCACCUCGCCCCUCCCUAACACCACCCCCCUUCUCAUCCGGCGUCGCCUCUCCCAGCGUCUAAAGGACGUGCGUCUAGCGUGGUGCCAAAGGCAGCCUCCCCACGCCGGCACAGCUGCAACUAGUAUCUUCCUUACUUACCGCGGGCUGAGAGUGUGGGAUACUAGUACGUGCGGGAGUAUGGGGGUGAAGAUUAGUCGCGCGGGUGGUGUGCUUGAUGAUGGCGGGGGAGGGGAGGCAGGGGACGUGCAUCUUGAAGCUUGGACGAGGGAGGCGUUUGAGGCGUACAAGGCUGCUGAGGAAGCAAAGGCGCGGAAUGCGCAUCUUGGUCUCGAGAAUGACAACAAUGGUAUUAGUGGCGGCUCAGCAACUGAGACAGCGCCAUCGCAACAACAGCCGCAAGAGGAGAAACUUCGGAUUAUCCUGCGGGCGAAGGAUAUGCCAGAGGUGAAGUUGAGGGUUAAAGCCACGACGAAGAUAGCAGAUCUCGUGGCUGCGUUUCGGGCGCAGAGGGAGGCGGAGGUGGGGGGGAGGAGCGUGGAGUUGUGGUUUGAUGGUGAUAGGAUGGAGGAGGAUGAUUGUGUGGGGGAUGCGGAUUUGGAGGAUUUGAGUGGGGUGGAUGUUGUGGUUAGGUUGUAG